UUCUCGGUCCUUACUCGUUGCUCUUCUCGGAUCCAUAAAGGAACUUGCCUGUACUCACUUUUCACUAGCCGUGCAGUUGAACAAAUUACAUACCAUCUUCCAUCAUGGCAACCCUACAGCCCGAAGAUCUUUUCGCUCCCGUUCUUCGCACAGAGCGCCUUACUCUUACGCUCUUUAAUAUGAAUGAUAAGGACGACAAUGACUUCAUGACAAUGAUGUUCAAUGCAGAAUUGCCCGGAGCAGGUCCUACAGACGGCAACUGGACCGAUAAAGAUAUACGCCGUUUAAGCUACUCUGUCAUGUUAAAGCCAUCCGACGCCCAUGGUCGCAUCUCAAAGGAUCCUGCCGUCUACAUCGCUCGCCUUGGAGACGCUACAGGAUCGCCCAUUGGUGUACUUAAUCUUUGUCGCCGCACACCAAAUGUUCCGGUCGAUAUAGGAUACAUGUUUAAACCAGAGUACCGUAAAAACGGGUACGGCACCGAGGGUGCAACGCGGCUCCUUCAGUACUUUACAGAAGAGUUCGGAAUCAAGGAGAUAUGCCUGGUGACCGACGAUUCAAAUAUUCCUUCUAAGAGGAUUGCCGAAAAACUCAACUUGGUCGAUGGCGGGUAUGUCAUGAUGGGCAGCAACAAGUGCGUCGUUUUUGUACUGCCAGGGAUGAAGAAGCUGGAGGGGCAGGAUUUUCCGUUUUGGGGAGAUGGCGAGGAGCCCUCGGCUUGAGGCUUUGGGUGACGGUGAAAUACUUUUACAUUAGCAAUAGAAAUAAUCCAGCCAUAGUAGUUCAAUAGAGUGAUAGUGAUUAGUGGU